AUGUCUCAGGAACCUAGGACAUACGCUCUUUUCCUUUUCCUUUCUCUGAGCCAUGGAGUGGCAAGUCUCCGAGUUCCAAACUCCAGGCAGGAUUUGCACCCGUUGUUGCAAAAAAUGGCAGAAGAAAUAAUAGAUGGAAACUAUCUGAAUGCAUUACUGGAUCUCAUACAGUUUCAAAGCUCCCACGUGUGGACGGCAGACCUGUCCCACAGAGUCCUGGCCUACCUGAAUGCACGGAAUGUCGCCUUCACCAUGCCCAGCCUGCAGGCAGCUGUGGAAAACCACCUGGAGCAGCUUCUAUACCAGCCCCAGAAGCUGCUGGAGGACCUGCGGGAGGCAGACGCUCAGCAGUUCCACACCGCCAUGAGGUGCCUCUGGGAGGGCAAGAAGGACCACUUGAAGCUGGAAGACACCGUCAUUGACUUGGGAGAGAUUCGGAAACAAGCCCUGCAGAGCCCGGGCGUCAACCGCAGCCUGUUUCUCAUCACCCUGGAGAGGUGCUUCCAGGUGCUGAGCUCCCUGGAGUGCGUGGAGAUCCUGGGCAAGGUGCUGCGGGCGUCCCCUGGCAGCUUCCUCCAGCCCAGCAUCGCAGAGAGCCUCCCCCAGGACCUGCGCCAGGACGCCUUCCGGAACCUAUCCGCGGUGUUCAAAGACCUGUACGACCAGACGUCGGCGCGCGCCCAGAGAGCCCUGUACGCCUGGAUGGCGGGCGUCUUGCAGGAGUCCUCCAACGCCACCGAUAACUCUGUUUCAUGGGUCAGCGCCGAAAACUUAUGGAUUUUGGGCAGAUAUAUGGUUCACCUAUCACUUGAAGAAAUUAUGAAAAUCAGUCCUAUGGAAAUUGGGCUCUUCAUCAGCUAUGACAAUGCCACCAAGCAGCUGGACACAGUCUAUGACAUCACGCCUGAACAGGCCCAGGCAUUUCUGGAGAGGAUCGGCUCCUCCGACUUUGACAUGAGGAAUACCUCUACCAUCCACAGGCUGGGGCUGCUCGUCUGCUUCUAUGAGGACCUGGAGCUGCUGGACGCCGCCCUGGCCCACGUGCUCCUUCACCAGAUGAUCAAGUGCAGCCGUCUCAGGGGCUUCCAGGCCGGCGUUCAGAAGCUCAAAGCCGACCUCCUGGACAUCGCCACGGAGAACCAGACGCUCAACGAGACCCUGGGCUCUUUGUCGGACGCGGUUGUGGGCUUGACCCACAGGCAGCUGGGAUCCCUCUCGCCCGAGGCUGUGCACGGCGCCAUCUCCACCCUCAGCCAGGUGUCGGGCUGGACCAAGAGCCAGAUCAUCAUCCUGUCUGCCAAGUGCUUGGCCCAUGAGAAGGUGCUGUCCUUCCACAACAUCAGCCAGAUGGGUGUGCUGCUGGCUGGGGUCGGCACCCAGGCCUUCUACGGCAUGGACCGCCGGGCCCUCACGCAGCUCCUGAGCGGCACCGGCUCCGCGCACGUGUCCGACCUGUCCCCGGCCCAGCAGCACGGCGUCCUCAGCAAGAUGAUGGAGGCCGGACACGCCGCCGCAGGUGUUGUGGAAAUACAAGGGGCGUUCUUCAAGGAAGUGUCCCUCUUCGACUUAAGGAGGGAACCCAGAUUCAACUCCACCGUCCUAAAGGGGAAGGGGCUUCGGAGGAGUCAGGCCUUGUUCCUGUACGAGCUCCUGUCUGCGACCACCAGAAGGCCGGCCGAGCUCCUGAGUGCCGGGCAGCUGGUCAAAGGUGUGACGUGUUCCCACAUCAAUGCCCUGAGCGCCGACUCCUUCCUGGCCCAUUUCCAGUAUUUCGAGAACAACCUCUCGCUGCUGUCACCUUAUCAGGUUAACUGUUUGGCGUGGAAGUACUGGGAGGUCUCCAGGUCCUUCAUGCGGCCCUUCCUCUUGGCUGCCCUCCCGGCUCGCUACCUGGCUGCGGUCCCAGCCUCCCGAUGUGUGCCGGUUCUGAUCAGCCUGGGGAAGACUCAGCUGGACUCCUUGGUCUUAGAUCCCCACAAAAAGAGUCUGGUCCUCAGGAAGGUGCAGCAAUGCCUGAACAACUCCAUUGCCGAUGAGUACACCGUCGACAUUGUGGGGAAGCUGCUCUGCCACUUGCCGGCGGCUGUCAUCCAGCAUGGAGUGUCCCCCAGGGCCUGGGCUCCUGCCCUGCACGGCCUCAGAGACUGCCCAGGCCUUAGCCCCGAGCAGAAGGCCGCAGUGCGGCUCCGGCUCCUGGAGCAGCAUGGCUUCCCUCAGAACUGGACAGCUGAGACGACGAAGGACUUGGGACCCUUUCUAGUGCUUUUCUCAGGAGACGAAUUAAGCUCUGUUGCCACGAAGUUUCCUGAUAUCCUUCAACAAGCGGCUUCUAAGACGGCCGGCGGCCCACCCCCCAAAGCCUUCCUCUGGGCGGUCUUCAACUCCGUUUGGAACAGCAGUGAGAGGGGCCCCAGCACGGACCCCAGCCCUGGCUGCCACGGAGUCAAGACUCCCUCUUCUGAUGACAUCAUCAAACUGGCCGAAGCCAAUGCCUGCUGGGCCCCCCAGGACCUGCUCUGCAUGGAGGAAGACACGUUCAUCAGGAGUGUGGAGCUCCUGGGGGCCCUCAGGGGGUUGGACCGGCCUCAGCUGAUGGCCCUGAAGGAGAAGGCCAUACAGGUCUGGGACACGCCUUCUCAAUGGCGAGAACACCACAUCGUCUCCCUGGGCCGCAUCGCUCUGGCUCUGAAUGAGAGUGAGUUACAGCAGCUGGAUCUCAGUUCCAUUGACACUGUGGCUGCCCUAAGCCAGCAUUCAGAAUGGACCCCAGGACAGGCUGGGUCCAUCCUGCGAGGGUUCCUGGAGGACUCAGGCCAUCGCAUCCAGGACCUGAAGAGCUUCCACUUAGUGGGACUUGGUGCAACACUGUGUGCCAUGAACGUCACCAAAAUCUCACUUAUAAAAAUCUCAGAAUUCAGGGUGGUGGUGGCCAGAAUCGGGGCCCUGCUCUGCAGCACCCAGGUCUUGGCCGAAUUCAAGAGGAAGGCAGAAGCUGUGUUUGGGGAUCCCGCCGAGUGGUCCAGCUCUGUCUUACAGGAACUUGGAACAAUUGCAGCUGGACUAACCAAGGAAGAGCUUCGAGUGCUGCGCAAGGAUCUGAUGCCGUAUUUCCAACCGUCAGCAAUCAGAUGCCUUCCUGAUGAGACGUUCAGAGAGCUCUCCGCCGAGCAGAUCGCCGCCCUGGGCCCCGAGAACGCGGCGGCCGUGACCCCGGCCCAGCGCCGGCUGCUCCGCGCGCCGCAGCUGCAGAGCCUCCAGCGGGCGCUAGACGGCGCUAAGACGCACUCCUGGCUGGACGCGCCCCCGAGCGCCAGCCCCACGCGGACCCCCUCCUCCCACUCUCCUCCAGGAGCCACGGUCUCCCGGGGCCUGUGGCUCGGCUGCCCCCUGCUGGUUGUGGCGCCCAAACUCGCGCGGUGA